AUGAUGCGGCUGCUGAACUCGAUCCAGCCGCCGCCCGGGAUGACCCGCCAGCAGCGGCUCGAGCAGAUGAUCCAGACCGGCGAGCUCAAGGACGAGGACAUUCUCCUGCUCAAGCGACACCAGCAGAUGAUCAAACAACAGCAGGCCCAGCUGCAGGCUGCGCAGGCCGCGGGCCAAUUGACGCCGCAGCAGCAGCAGCAGCUCGUCCAGAAGAAGCUGGCGCAGCAGCAGCAACAGCAGCCGGGCCAGCGCAACUUCCUGGGGCUGACCCAGGAACAGCUAGCCAAACUGAACCCGCAGCAGCGCAAGAUGCUCAUGAUCCAGCAGCUGCGCAGACGGGCGAAAACACAGCGAUUCUACGAGAGCAGCGAGGAGAUCCUGAAAAAAUUCGAAAACUAUCCGGCCUCGCUCGAGUUCCACAUCCACGAGAACCACUACCGGUUCGGCAACCAGGACGCCAUCAUCCCGAAGAGCUCGCCCACCGUGAAGGAGUUUCUGGAGUACGUGGCGAAGGGCGAGAUCCCCGAGCCGCUGGUCGAGGUGAUCAAGGACGGCGGAGUGCAGCUCUACGACGGGAGCCUGAUUCUGAAAGUGUACGACCACAGAAACCUGAUCCCCGUCAAGCAGGAGAAGCAGGAGCCCGGCGACGGCAAGCCGGACGCGCCAGAGACGAAAGCCAAGCCCAAAGAGUACCGCACCGUGCUGCGGUUCACGCAGCUGGCCCAGUACGACGACCUGUCGUACCAGGCCGACACACAGCAGUUCCACGACACUUUUGCGUUGACGUUCGAGAGCGAGGUGCUCACUGCUACCAAUCGAAACAUCAACCUGCAGCCGAUCGUGAACCCGUACCACUACGACAAGUCUCUGCGGCCCUACGACAUGGUGGCGCCCGAGUACGACCCGGAAACGGAUCAGAUGAGGUUUGUGCACCGGGCCGACGCGCGGGAAGUGGACCAGGACGGCCAGAAAACGAGUCUGUACCCGCUCUCGUACACAAACUACCCGUACAAGCCGUUGCACGAGGACCUGCCGCACACAAACUCCAAGUACGAGCAGCUGAUGACGAUUCUGAGCGAGUCGUACACGCACAACAACCGUCUGUCGGAGUCGGCGAAAACAAACACCAACGAGCCAGGCCAGUUCCAGCGGCUGCGGUUCGUCGAGAUGUGGCGCCACAAGGUGGAGCUGAUCAAGCAGGCGGCGAUCUCCGGGGGCAUGAACCCGAACGCGAGCGACCCGAGCAUGAACGGGCUGCUGGGAGGCAUGACGCAGCAGCAGCGCGCGCUCAUCAACCAGGAGCGGAUGCUCAACCAGCGGCAGAAAGAGCAGAUGGCCUCGGCCGUGGCCGCCGCAGGGCAUCCGCACGCCGUGAAGCCAGCAGACUCCAGACAGGGCUCGACGCCGGUGCCCAACAUGAACGGCAGCUUCAUGGCGCGCGGAGUGUCCACGCCGGUGCCGCACUCGAUACCCGGCUCGAUGCCCGGCUCUGCGUCGGCGGGGGCAGAGAUGACGCCCGCAAGAGAUAAAAAGGGAGCCAAAAAGAUACGCAAGCCGGCAAAAAGACAGGCCACCGCCGGCCCCGUCUCGUCGCCCAGUCCGUCCCUGUACCAGCAGAUCCCGGGAGCGUACUCGCCGAUGGACGAGCCGGCGCGCAAAAGACGCAUGCCCUACAAACAGCAGCCAGAUAGCGGCACCCCUUCGUAA